CGGCAGGCCCGUUUGGGGAGGGAGGAUAUAUAGGGCAGUCACGGAAAAGGGAAGGGACUUUCCUCCUCUGCUCCUCCCAUUUCCGGGCAACCCUUUUCGGGCACCCUCCAUCCACCCAGACGCGUCCGCCCUCCCCGCCUCCUCCGUCCUCCCAUCCUCCUCCCCCGCCAUGCCAGACUCUGCCGCCGGCCUCGCUGGCAAGCGUCGCCUCGACGACCCCAAUGGCCCCCACCACCCGCCCGCCGAGGACGCGUUCAUCACCGACCACGAUGCCGCCGAGUCCGGCGGAGACGACGACGAGGAUGAGGAGAAGCCCAAGGGCGACAAGAAGGCUGGCAGGCGAAAGAUCAAGAUCGAGUUCAUCCAGGACAAGUCCCGCAGACACAUUACCUUCUCCAAGCGAAAGGCGGGCAUCAUGAAGAAGGCAUACGAGCUCUCGACGCUCACAGGCACCCAAGUCCUCCUGCUCGUCGUCUCCGAGACCGGGCUUGUCUACACAUUCACCACCGCGAAGCUCCAGCCCCUCGUCACCCAACCCGAGGGCAAGAACCUCAUCCAGGCAUGCCUCAACGCGCCGCACGGCUCGCUCCCAUCCUCAAUGCCCGUCGGCACACCCCUCGGCCGCUCGAACCCCAUUUCAACCCCCAUGCCCCACGGCGGGCCACCAGGCGGCGCGCCCAACGUCCCCGGCGGCCUCGCGAUCGGCUCGAGCGGCGGCUCGGGCAAAGAUGAUGAAGGCGACGACGCGAACGACGGAGAGGGCGAAACCAACGAGCCGCGCUCCCGCAAGCGCCGUCGCGCAUCCUCGACCUCCGGCAACAACAACGCUAACUCGUCCGCACCCACUUCCCAGCCCGGCGCAGCCUCUCGCGCGACGAACCCUUCACCCGGCGCGCCCCAGGCGGGUGGCCCCCCUCCCGGCGGCCCGACCGCCUCGCCACACGCACGCCCACAGCCUAUGCCCGCGCUCCCCGGCGCACCGCCCUCACUCGCGAUACCCGGUGGCCAGCAGAUGCCUGGCCAGCUCGAGCAGCACUCCCCGCGCCAAGGCCAGCAGCAACCUGGCCCGCAGCCUACGUCCCCGAACUACGCGAACCCUGGCACGACGUACGGUGCACCACCACCGCAGGGCGACCCGGGCAUGUACGGCCCGCCGCCGACUGGACACGCGGGAUACGCAGCACCUCCGCCAUAUGGGUUCACGGGCCACGACGGGGGAGCACCAGGCCAGGGCGCACCUGGAAUGCCACCGCCCGGGCACGGACAGUGGGGCGCGCCUCCGCCGGUGCAGCAGAGCAACCACUACGCGUCGCGGCGAUGAGUUGGAGUUGGCGACGUUUGGUUGAUAUACAUGAACGGUCUGAUCUCUGGGGUACGGUGCGCGUGCGCGGAGGACAUUGCGAUCCGCGUCUCCGUAGCCGUGCCUAACGAUGAUAUCCGCGAACGAAAAGUGUGUCUAUCCCCGUGUGUAUGCGUACCCGCUCCCACCUCUCGUCUCCAUUUCUUGGCGAGCCUCCGGGCUCUCUGUCCGGUUCGUACUUGU